AUGGCGAAUGAGGAUGUGGUUUCAUGGAAUGCAAUACUAGCAGGUUACUCUCAAGAGGGAAAUCAUGGGCUUGAGGCGAUUUUUGUCUUUAUAGAGAUGGUGGAAGAAGGGAUGGGUUUAGAUCAUGUCUCAUUUACUAGUGCAGUUUCAGCUUGUGGUCAUGAAAUGAAUUUAGAACUUGGGAAACAGAUACAUGGCUUGACAAUUAAAUCAGGAUAUGGAAGUCAUGUUUCAGUUUGUAAUGUAUUGAUCUCGACAUAUUCAAAGUGUGAGGUUACUGAAGAUGCAAAAUUAGUCUUUCAGUGCAUGAAUGAUCGCAACAUAGUGUCUUGGACAACUAUGAUUUCAAUAGACGAAGAAGAUGCCAUCUCUCUAUUUAAUGAGGUGAGAUUGGAUGGAGUAUAUCCAAAUGAUGUUACAUUUGUUGGAAUAAUCCAUGCUAUAUCAAUUAGGAAGUUGGUGGAGGAAGGCGAAAUGAUUCAUGGGUUUUGCAUAAAGACUGGCUUUUUAUCAAAGCGUAAUGUUUGCAACAGCUUGGGGUAUGCUCAGAAAGGGCUGUGUCAAGAUGCACUAAAAACAUUCUUAUUAGUAGCAACUAUGGAGUCAAAGCCAAACAAUUACACAUUUGGUAGUGUUUUGAGUGCAAUUGGUGCUCUUCUUGAUAUGUAUGCAAAGCGAGGAAGCAUUUGUGAGUCCAAAAGAGUUUUCAGUGAGACGCCUCAUAAAAGCCAGUUUGCUUGGAUUGCAAUAAUAUCUGCAUAUGCUGGGCAUGGAGACUAUGACUCAGUGAUAGAAUUGUUCAAGGAGAUGGAGAGAGAAGGAGUAAGACCUGAUUCAGUCACAUUUCUUUCUAUACUAGCAGCAGGCUGCAGAAAUGGAAUGGUGGAGAUGGGCCGUCACCUCUUUCAUUCAAUGGUGAAGGACUAUCAUAUUGAACCAUCUCCUCAACAUUAUUCAAGUAUGGCGGACAUGUUGGGACGUGCAGGGAAAUUGGAGGAAGCAGAGGAAUUGAUGAGUCAGAUCCCGGGACAGCCAGGGUUUUCAUUGUUGCAUAGCCUGCUCGGGGCUUGCAGGAUCCAUGGGAAUGUGGAGAUGGCGGAGAGAGUAGCCAAUACAUUAAUGAGAUUGGAACCAACGGAAUCGGGAUCUUUUGUGUUGAUGUCCAACUUGUAUGCUGAGAAAGGGGACUGGGAAAUGGUAGCAAAAGUUGGGAAAUGGAAGAGAGAUGAAGGAGUGAGAAAGGAAUUGUGA